AUGAACGUCGAUCCAGGAGUCCUGAGGAAGCUCGGAGGCCUGGGCGCGGCGGCGCUCGCCACUGCCGCCGGCGGCAUCGGCCUCUUCAACUAUUCGCUGUACAACGUCGAGCCUGGCCAUAGGGCCAUCAUCUACAACCGAUUCUACGGCGUGCUGGAUCGGGUCUAUUCGGAGGGGACACACUUUUGCAUUCCCUUCGUUGAGCGCCCAGUCAUCUACGACGUUCGGUCGAAGCCCCGCACUCUCGUCUCGCUCUCAGGCUCGCGAGAUCUUCAAAUGGUGAACAUUACCUGCCGCGUCUUGUCGCGCCCCGACGUGCCGAUGCUUCCGACCACGUACCGGUUGCUCGGGAAGGAGUACGACGAGAAAGUAUUGCCCUCGAUUAUCAACGAAGUGCUAAAGAGCGUCGUUGCUCAGUUCAACGCCUCGCAACUGAUUACCCAAAGAGAGGUCGUGAGUCGCGCCGUCAGAGACCAGCUCGUCGACCGCGCAAAAGACUUCAACAUCCUCCUCGACGACGUCUCACUCACGCACCUUAGCUUCGGUCCGGAGUACGAGAAGGCUGUGGAGGCCAAGCAAGUUGCUCAGCAGCAAGCAGAGCGCGGAAAGUACAUUGUCUUGCGUGCGCUAGAGGAGAAGAAGAGCACGAUCAUCAAGGCGCAGGGAGAAGCGGAGGCGGCGAAACUGGUAGGUUCUUCGCUCAGGAGCCGCCGCCGGGAGGCGUCAGAGCUCUGCACACACAGCACCGCCCUGUCCACACAGGCGCGCGCGGCCUGGCGACGUCAGCCCUCGGAGAGGCGCAGAGACAGAGGUGGAGAGAGAAAUGGAACAGAUAGAGAAAGAGAGCGAGAGCAAGAAGAGGGCAGAAAGACAGAGAGGGAGAGAAUCGGAAACGCCAUCAAGAACAACCCUGCGUUCCUCGAGCUCCGGCGCAUUGACACGGCCAAGGAGGUGGCCAACACAAUCAGCAAAUCCUCGAACCGCGUCAUGCUGAACUCCGACAGUCUGCUGCUCAACUUGAUGGGAAGUGAAAAACGCUGUCGAGCACACUGCGUGGAACGACGGGCGUUAAGCCUGCUGGGACACUCUUGGUGUGACCUGCGGGGGUUCCACUCUUUUGCUUCUUCCGGAUGA